AAAUCUGGCCGUGGUAGAAGAGGGGUGGAAACUCGUGGGAUGCGGAGAGUUGACUGAGGGGCUCACCACGACCUCAUACGCACGGAAUUAAUCUCCCACGCAGCCGAGAGUGUGCGACCAGCGAACAGAACGAAGGACACCAAUGUUUUAAACUUCAAAAAUGUUGUUCCAAAUAGCAGCAUUUUUAUUUGUGGGGGUUUGCGGCCUCGCCCAGGUACUCCCGGAGUUCAGCGACGUCUGCACGGAAGGAAGCUGCUACCCCGCCACCGGUGACCUGUUGAUCGGUAGAGCUCAUCAGCUCUCCGCCACCUCCACCUGUGGACUGUUGCAUCCUGAGCCUUUCUGCAUAGUCAGCCACUUACAGGAAGAAAAGAAGUGCUUUGUGUGCGACUCAAAGGAGGUUUAUGAUGAGAAGAUGAACCACACCACCAGUCACAGCAUUGAGAAUGUGGUGACAACGUUCGCCCCCAACCGCCUCAAAACAUGGUGGCAGUCAGAAAAUGGUUUUGAGAAUGUGACCAUCCAGCUCAACUUGGAGGCAGAGUUUCACUUCACCCACCUCAUCAUGACCUUCAAGACUUUCCGUCCUGCUGCCAUGGUGAUUGAAAGGUCAGCUGACUUCGCGAAGACCUGGCAGGUGUAUCGCUACUUCGCCUACGACUGUGAGUCGUCCUUCCCUGGAAUCUCCCAAGGGCCAAUGAAGAAAGUGGACGAGAUCCUCUGUGACUCGCGGUACUCAGACAUCGAGCCCUCAACAGAGGGGGAGGUCAUAUUCCGUGUUUUGGAUCCAGUCUUCAGGAUUGAAGAUCCCUACAGCCCUCGAAUCCAAAACCUGCUGAAGAUCACCAACCUGCGUGUGAAGUUCACCAGGCUGCACACAUUGGGAGACAACCUGCUGGACUCCCGCCUGGAGAUCAAGGAGAAGUACUACUACGCCGUGUAUGACAUGGUGGUGCGUGGAAACUGCUUCUGCUACGGCCACGCCUCCGAAUGCGCUCCUGUGGACGGCUCUCAGGUCGCGGCAGAAGGCAUGGUUCAUGGCCACUGCAUGUGCAACCAUAACACCAUGGGACUGAACUGUGAGAAGUGUCAGCAUUUCUAUCAUGAUUUACCCUGGAGGCCAGCAGAGGGACGCAACAGCAACGCCUGUAAAAAGUGUAACUGUAACCAGCAUUCGGGCGCCUGCCAUUUCGACAUGGCCGUGUACUUGUCAUCGGGGAGCGUGAGCGGCGGUGUGUGUGAGGACUGCCAGCACAACACCGUGGGACACAACUGCGAGCAGUGCAAGCCCUUCUACUACCAGCACCCCGAGAGGGACAUCCGCGACCCCUACAUCUGUGAACCCUGUAACUGCGACCCCGUGGGCUCACUGAAUGGCGGGAUCUGUGACGGGAUGACGGACGUCUCGGCCGGUCUGAUCGCGGGCCAGUGCCGCUGCAAGCCCAACGUGGAGGGGGAGCGAUGCGACCAGUGCAAGCAGGGCUACUUCGGCAUGAGCGAGGACCCCCUGGGCUGCCAGCCAUGCACAUGCAACCCUCUGGGUACGGUUCCAGGAGGAAGUCCCUGUGACACGGUCACAGGAAACUGCUAUUGCAAGCGUCUGGUUACCGGCAGGAACUGCGACCUGUGUCUGCCACAACACUGGGGUCUCAGCAACGACAUGGAUGGCUGCCGGUCAUGUGACUGCGACCAUGGAGGAGCCAUCAAUAAUGACUGCUCCGCAGAGACUGGACAGUGUCGGUGCCGAGAGCACAUGUUCGGCCGACAGUGCAACCAGGUGGAAUCAGGCUUCUACUUCAUCGCCCUGGACCACUACACCUAUGAGGCAGAGGACGCAAAGUUUGGGCCUGGAGUGACGGUAGUCCAGAGACCUUACCCUCAGAAUCGCACCCCAACCUGGACUGGAGUCGGAUUCGUGAACGUCCCAGAGGGCGAGUAUCUGGAGUUCAGCAUUGACAACAUCCCGCAGUCUAUGGAGUAUGACAUCCUGAUUCGCUAUGAGCCUCAGUUGCCUGACCAGUGGGAGGAGGUCAUGAUUACAGUUAUAAGACCCAGCGUGAUCACCAGUGAUAGCCGUUGUGCCAACACCAUGCCAGAGGAUGAUAACCAGAUGGUGUCCCUCCAUCCUGGCUCAAGGUACAUUGUCCUCCCGAGACCUGUGUGUUUCGAGAAGGGGAUGAAUUACACCAUUCGUCUGAGCCUGCCUCUGUACUCUGCCCUGAGUGAUGUACAGUCUCCCUACACUCUGAUCGACUCUAUCGUGCUCAUGCCUCACUGUAAGAACCUGGAGAUCUUCACCGGGCCAGAGGGUGGAGACGUGGUGACCAACAGCGCCUGGGACACCUUCCAGCGCUACCGCUGUCUGGAGAACAGCCAGAGCGUGGUGAAGACGCCCAUGACUGACAUCUGCAAGAACUUCAUCUUCAGCGUGUCUGCACUCCUGCACAAGGGGGCUAUGGAAUGCCAGUGUGACCUCCAGGGCUCCCUCAGCACCGUGUGUGACCCGAGCGGGGGUCAGUGCCAGUGUCGGCCCAACAUAGUGGGCAGGAACUGUGACACGUGCGCCCCCGCCACCUUCCUGUUUGGCCUCAACGGCUGCAGACAGUGCGAGUGCAACCCUCAGGGCUCAGCCAGCGCGUUCUGCCAGCAGGCGACGGGCCAGUGUGAGUGCCUCCCGGGGACCUACGGGCGCCAGUGUGACCGCUGCCUGCCCGGCCACUGGGGCUUCCCCAACUGCAGGCCCUGCAGCUGCAACGGUCACACGGACCACUGCCACCCCCAGAGCGGAGAGUGCCUGGGCUGCAGAGACCACACUACCGGGCACAACUGCGAGAGGUGUUUGGCUGGUUACUAUGGAGACCCAGUGCUAGGCUCUGGAGACCACUGCCGGGCCUGUCUCUGUCCAGAUGGGCCAGGAAGCAGCCGCCAAUUCGCCGGGGGGUGUUACCAGAGUUCCGAGUCCUACCAGGUGUUCUGUGCCUGCAGCCCGGGAUACAAAGGUGCCAGAUGUGAUGAGUGUGCUCCUGGUUACUAUGGAAACCCCCAUGAGGCAGGCGGGCAGUGCAUGCCAUGCCAGUGCAACAACAACAUCGACAUGCUGGACCCAGGGUCAUGUGACGCCCGCACGGGCGCCUGUCUCAAAUGCCUGUCCCACACCGAGGGGGAGGGCUGCCAUCGGUGCAAGCUGGGUUACUAUGGCAACGCACUCACCCAGAGCUGCAGAAAGUGUGUGUGCAACCACCUGGGCACAGCGAACGCCACCUGCCCCUCCGUGGGACAGUGCCACUGCGAGAUGGCCAGCGGGCAGUGCCACUGUCUGCCCAGCGUGGUGGGGCAGAACUGCGACCGGUGCGCCCCCGACACCUGGAACCUGGCCAGCGGGACGGGCUGCGCGGACUGUGACUGCGACCGCGCCCACUCCUUCGGGACCUCCUGCAACGAGCUGACAGGACAGUGCUCCUGCAAGCCAGGAUUUGGUGGUAGAACAUGUCGGGAGUGCAGAGACUUGUUCUGGGGAGACCCGUUGGUGAAAUGCAAUGCGUGCGACUGCGACUCCAGGGGCAUCGCCGAGGAGCAGUGCAACAAGACCACGGGUCACUGCGUGUGCGCGGAGGGCGUGGCUGGCCCCCGGUGCGACUCCUGUGCCCGAGGCUACUCGGGCGAGUUCCCCAACUGCGAGCGCUGUCACCAGUGCUUCGCCGACUGGGACCUGGUCGUCGGGGACCUCACCAACAAGACGCAGCAGCUGGUGGAGAAGGUGAACUCCCUCAAGGCCAACGGCAUCACCGGGCCCUACCGGCAAACCGUCAGCAACGUGGAGCAGAGCGCCAACUCCAUCAAAGCCAUCCUGGCCCAGAACCCAGCUGCCCAGCCCCUCUCCGAGAUCCAGAACCUGCUAGAACAGGCCACUGACCUGAUGGCUGAAAUGACCAACAAGCUGAAUGACACAGAGGACAUCCUGAACCAGAUCUCAGGGGAUGACAACAGCACAGACACCAAACUGGACUCACUCAACGAAGAUGCCCAGAAACUGGACAGGACCAUUAAGGAGCUGCAGGACCAGGUGGAGUUUGUGAAGAAUUCUGACGUGCGAGGAGCAACCGAUAGCAUCAACAAAUACUUCCAGCAGUCCAUGGAGGCUGAGGCGCGUGUGAACGCCUCCACAAGCGACCCUGACAGUACAGUCCAGCAGUCCGCCGAUCUUCGCCAGAAUGUGGAGGACAGGAUGAACCAGACCAAGGAGGAGUUCAACGCAAGACAGGACGAACAUGCCAAGACACUGGAUGACCUUGCUGGUCAGCUGGAAACCCUUGACCUCUCAGAGCUUAGCGACAAGACGUGUGGCAGUCCAGCUGGUUCGGAGUCGUGUGCAGACUCUCCCUGCGGGGGUCUUAGCUGCCUGAACGAAGACGGGACCAAGAAGUGUGGGGGUGAGGGGUGCGACGGACUGGUCACUGUGGCUCAUAAUGCCUGGACUAAGGCCAAGGACUUCGACCAGGAGAUCAUCAAUGCCCUGGAGGAAGUGGACAAACUCUCUAAGAUGGUGUCUGAGGCGAAGGUGAAGGCCGAUGAAGCCAAGCUGAACGCUCAGGAGGUCCUGCUUAAAAGCAACGAGACAAAACAGCGCGUGGACCAGAGCAACGAGGAGCUGCGCAAACUCAUCAAGCAGAUUCGAGACUUCCUCACACAGGACGGAGCGGACCUGGAGAGCAUUGAGGCGGUGGCUAAUGAAGUCCUGGAGAUGCAGAUGCCCACGACCCCAGCCCAGCUACAGAACCUGACGGAGGAGAUUCGGGAGAGGGUGGGCAGCCUGUCGGACGUGGAGGUGAUCUUGAACCAGAGCGCCGCCGACAUCCAGAGAGCCGAGAACCUGCUGGACCAGGCCCGCAAGGCCAGCAAAGAGGCUACGGACGUGAAGGACACGGCGAUCAUGGUGAAGGAAGCACUGGAGGAGGCUGAGCGCGCUCAGAACGCAGCGUCGCAGGCCAUCAAACAGGCCAAGACUGACAUCACCGACACGCAGCACCUCCUGGCCUCGGUGGAGUCGGAGACGGCGGACUCUGAGUUCAGGCUGAACAACGCCACGCAGAGGCUGCUGCAGCUGGAGCGGGACGUGGCCAUGCUGAAGGACAAGGCGGUCAGCAACACGCUCAGCGCCGAGCAGACGGAGAAGUCCACCGACCUCACCACCCAGGUCGCAGAGCAGGUUAAAGAGGAACUGGACACGGAGCUGAAGAAGAAGUACAGCUCAGUGGAGGAUCUGAUUGCUCAGAAAGCAGAGGGUGUGGCUGAAGCCAGGAAGAAGGCGGUGCAGCUACAACAGGAAGCAAAGGAGCUGCUGACACAGGCUAGCAGUAAGCUGCAGAGACUGAAAGAUCUAGAGAAAUCCUACGAGGAGAACCAGAAGACCCUAGAGGACAAGGCCAGUCAGCUGGUGGAGCUAGAGAAGUCUGUGAAAGACCUCCUGCAGGAGAUUAGCCACAAAGUGACCGUCUACAGCACCUGUCUGUUUUAACCCUCAGCGUCAGACUGCUAAAUAACUCUUACACAUGGUGUACCAAAUAUUAACAUUUUAUACCUCACCCACAUGAAGACUAACCCCAUACGGCAACAAUGUGAAAACUUGUAUUGAAAAACACAUUUUCAAAAAAAGUAUGCAUUUAAAAAGCUCAUAAGCCAAAGUUUUUAAAACUGAAAAAGAAUGUAAACGUUUUAACCAAGAGACUGCAAAAAAAUAAUUUUUCACUGAAACUUAUUUUUUGUAUUGUUAUGCAAUGCGAGGAGGCAAUCGCCCAAUUAAAGGACCAAAACUGAUAAAUAAAGCUACCCCUUGAAAUGCAAA